AGUGCAGAUAGAAAGGUAGCAGUGAUAUAUACAAGAGAGAGAGAGAGAGAGAGAGAGAGAGAGAGAGAGAGAGAGAGAGAGAGAGAGAGAGAGAUGGAGGGUUUCCCAGUUAUCAACAUGGACAAGGUAGAGGGGAAUGACAGGGAAGCAGGAAUGGAGAUCCUACGUGAGGCUUGUGAGAACUGGGGCUUCUUUGAGAUAUUGAACCAUGGUAUCCCCCACGAGCUCAUGGAUAAGGUGGAAAGGCUGACUAAAGAGCACUACGAGAAAUGCAGGGAGCAGAGGUUCAGAGAGUUUGCUAGCAAAACACUGGAAGGUGCCAAAUCCGAUGCCAACGACGUGGACUGGGAGAGCACGUUCUACGUCCGCCAUCUCCCUGAGUCGAACAUCUCCGAGAUCCAUGAUCUUGACGAUCAAUACAGGAAGGCAAUGAGGGAGUUUGCCUUGGAACUGGAGAAACUGGCUGAAAGGUUGCUGGAUUUGCUGUGUGAGAACCUGGGGCUGGAGAAAGGUUACCUCAAGAAGGCCUUCCGUGGGUCCAAAGGACCAACCUUUGGCACCAAAGUAAGCAGCUACCCGCCCUGCCCUCGCCCUGACCUCAUCAAUGGUCUUCGGGCCCACACCGACGCUGGUGGCAUCAUCCUCCUGUUCCAAGAUGAUAAGGUGAGUGGCCUCCAGCUGCUCAAGGAUGGCCAGUGGGUGGACGUGCCCCCCAUGCGCCACUCCAUCGUCGUCAACAUCGGGGACCAGCUUGAGGUGAUCACCAAUGGCAGGUACAAGAGUGUUAUGCACAGGGUGGUGGCUCAGACAGAUGGGAACAGGAUGUCCAUCGCUUCGUUCUACAACCCGGGGAGUGACGCAGUCAUCUUCCCGGCCCCUGCUUUAGUAGAGAAGGAAGCUGAGAAGAAGAAGGAGGUCUAUCCCAGGUUUGUGUUCGAGGAUUACAUGAAGCUCUACGUUGGGCAGAAGUUCCAGGCCAAGGAGCCCAGGUUUGAAGCCUUCAAGGCUAUGGAAACAGCAAGCGCCCGGCCAAUUGCUACAUCAUGAGAGCUAGGAUGCUGUUGGAGAUGUCCACGUCGAGAAUUUACUAAUUUCUAUGUUCCGCAUGCUAUUUGUUGAAGGAGAGUAUGGUGACCAAAUUAAGGGAGGGGUUACGUAUGCAAGCAUAAGAUAAGUAAGCUAGUCUCCGUUGUUAGUCUGGGGUGGGUAGGAGUAUAAUAGCUAGAGUUGGCUGGGACUCGGAAAGUUCUUGUGUGUUUGUGGUUACGAGCUGUCAAGGACGAGUCAAAAUUUCUGUACAAUCGCUCAGAAUUUAGUAUAAAAGGUUGACUGUUAAAGUUAAGCCGA